UCUGUUUUUGCAAGUAUAUAUGAAUAACAUAUGAAGUCAGUAUGAUCGUUUUAUUUCUCUUCUCGUUAUAAUUUGUCAUUCUAUGAGUACCAGUUGUAAAUAGUAGAAUAGUAAAAAAUUGAAAAUGUGUUUUUGUUCGAAGAUAUAUUUAGCAUAUUAUACAUUAGUUAUAUAUUAGUCAUCAGAAUCCACAAAGAGAGUACCGCUGCGAUGGCUUGCUAAGCGAAUGGCACAUUGUUAAAAUAAUGUAUGAUUUGAAAAUAAUUUUUCUAUAUAUACGUAGUGUAGCGGAAUUUAUUGGACAGUUUGUUGAUUUUAUAUUAAAAUUUGUUAUGCAAAUCAUGAAAAUUUUAGUUUAUUAUUGUAACCAAUACGUGUGGCAACGUAGCGUUUUCUGGUUGAUAUUUCUCAAAAAGUGUUUAGACGACUUCAACGAUUACAUCAUUGAUGUAAUUCGUCAUUACAUCAAAUUGAGUCAUUUUAUUAAAAGUCCUCAGCGACAUUAACAGUUUUCCGGUUUGCAUGCUAUACCGUUAUCUGCAUUCUAGAACUACAUUUUAGACUACAAAUAGAAUUAGACAUAUAACAAAGAAAAGUUGUCCUGUGCAACGAGACCAAAUCGGAUUGAUUUUUUUUAAAUCAAACCUCGGGACAAACUGAUCAAAUGAACGAAUAUGGCUUCGUUUGACAAUAUAUCAGAAUAUCAAUUCAACGGCACAUGCGUUCCUUUGCACAGAAAUGAAUAUAUUGCCUUCUUUCUCGUGGCUGGCUUGGAGGUUAUAUUGAACUUGAUAAUCAUCAUCGCUGCGAUAAGAGGUCGUAGGAUAUUACGUCACAAUUACGUAUAUGCGUACGUCACCAGCACAUUAUCUUCAAACAUUGCUUUCGGCCUCUCAACUGGAUUAUCUACUAUCAUGAACUAUACCGCUAAGGAAGAAAAAAGAAUAGAUUUCAAUCUUUCCGGAGAUAUUGCCUUGCUGAAGUGGUGGGCAUUCAGAAAAUCAUUUAUAAUGGCAGUUUAUCUGAUAAUGAGUGGAAAUAUAGCUUCGCUAAUCUAUGGACUUCGAGAAAGUAGUUACUUCAUUGGCAAGUUUUCCAGCACUUCCACCUUGAGUGACACAUCUUCUAAACGUGAAUCAAUUAGGACAAGAAAACACAAAGCAGCUUUCAUAAUUUUGUCUGUGUGGUCGAUUCCGUGUUUAUUUUCAAUGGUGGCUCCUUUUUUUGAUGAAUGUAUUAGAAAUUGCUUUUGUCACCCGGGGGCGUACUUGAAAAAUGUUUGCAAUACAGUGGAAAAUAAACAUUGCUCAACAGUAUGGGUGCCAAUUUCAAAAUCAUAUUAAUUUGCCUGGUGAUCAUCUGGAUGUUGCUGAUAGGUGUCAUAAUAUAUCUUUUAUGCAAAACAAUAUCAAUGUUUCUCAAGGCAGUGGCACCAACAAGCAGAACCAUUACAGACAUUUCAACAAAUGACGGUAAGGAUGACUAUAUCAAAGACUAAGAAUUAACAUAUAAUUUAAUCAAUACUUCCGCCUAUCCAGUUUAUCCUACCCAGUUUAAUCGGGUACAGUUAAAUGUCCAUGGUACACGGGCGUUGAUGACGGAGGAUGUCUAACUGAGAGCGUUAACGUGAGUCAACCUAAUAAGAUGAGACAACGUACAAAUCUCUUUAUAAUUCAUGUAUAUUUUAAUGAUACUAUAUUAAUAGUUAAUGCAGAAUGAAUUUUGCAUUGUAGGAUCGGACAAUCCACAAAAGAGUUGUGUGGAGCUAUGUAUAACUGGGAAGUGGCCUCGUAUGAACCACAGUAUGAAACUUCUUUUGUGCUUGAGUGCGUCUUAUAUUUUAUUUACACUCCCUGCUAUGGUAGUGAUUGUAAUAGACAUUGCGGAUGCUACGGCUUUAUUAAAUUUUCUGAGUGCCUCUGUGAUGUUGAUGUUGGCGCUUGCAUAUACUUUUGUAUCGCCCGUGCUUUUGGUAAAUUAUAUGCCUGGACUACGACGUGCUGUAGCUGACUUGUUUUCGCGUAUUUGUCAAUCGACCCAGGUCACAAAAAGGCGCAAAGAAUCAACGAAGACGAAUACUAUGCAAGAAGAAUCACCAACAAUUACAGUAAUAGCAACACAGGAAAUAAUGUAACAACAAUUUAAGAUAAGGAAUAUCUGCAACGUUUAUGCCAUAAACUUCGAAAUACUCGAUUGAGUUCGAUCAAAACAUGACUCUAUAUCUAAACAAGCUAAUGUCUAAUCAAGCUUAGGUGAACUCUUGACGCAGACAAACUCAUAAAUAUGUGUUUGAGGGGCACCAGAGCAUAGGUUCCAAGAACCAAAGACUUUGAGUAUAUAUUAAUAUGUUUGAUGGAAGUGUUCUUCAUCAUAAAUCACAUAUAUACCAUUGGUUUGAGUAGAGAGAUAUCAAGGCAUUAGUUUUCUAAUAUAUAUAGUAAAUAGUUUGUUUGAACAUACACUAAUAACAGCUGGGAAAUUUGGAUAAAUUAACAUCAAUGUCUUGACAAGUUAAAUUAAGUACAAUUAACGAGGUUGGGGUUACAAUAUGACUCAAUGAGAACUCCAUAUAUAUAUUGCAUUUAUCUACCAAAAACCUAAAUAUGGAUGAUAUUCAUGAGACCUGAAAACCUAACUUUGUCGACAAUAACUUCAAAAUUAUUACCAAAAGACAAAUUUAUAUGUGCACAUUAUUUUUCGCAUAAUCUAGUUUUGCCAAACUCGCAUUAUAAAAUUGAGGUUUUCCUUUAGCGAGAUUUUCUUUAUGUAUGCAGAUCCCUGCUAGACAUAUAUAUUGAAAGUUUUGAAUUGGUGUCAAUUUACCGCAUGUGUUUGUC